AUGCCACUCCCUGGGUCCCAGCCCCCACCCCUCGCCCCCUCCCCACCCCCACUGCACAAGAGAAACCAGAGGAGCAAAAAGCAGAACCAUGGGCAUGAUGAUGAAAAAGGAAAGUUCGCUUUCCAGACUGUAAUUUCCUGGGCCAGGUGGCGCAAGGUGCAGGCAUCAGUUCUUGGGACAUGUCAUGAACUGGAGAAGGCGCCUGGCCCGGUGGCGGCCUCCAGCUCCGGCUGCUUCUGCCCGCGCCGCAGGAUGCCAGGGCCGGCUCUGCUCCCAGGACUCGGCCUCCUGCUCAGCUUUUCUGGAGCUGUGGCUCAGUACGCCAGCACCAGCGUGACCUGUGACUGCCCUCCUAAUGCUUCCUGUGUCAACGGCUCGUGUACCUGCAAUCCUGGAUACGUCUCCGACUCUGGGAAGUAUUUCACUUUCCCCUUGGCAACAUGCACAGAUAUCGAUGAAUGCCAGCCGCCCAUCAGCGCCUCCUGCGGGCCGCACGCCGAGUGUCAGAACGAGGAGGGCCGCUUCCACUGCCGCUGUCUGCCCGGAUUCAAGCUGGCUUCUGGGGAUGUGCGCUUCAAUAAUCCCAGCCAGAACACUUGUCAGGCAUCCAACUCCUCAAAGACAAGCAAGGGCACCAGAGAGCUGCAAGAGACCGUCAACAAGCUGGAGACGCUGCUCACCAACAAGACUUUGUGGGGAAUGACAGAGAAGCAAGGAAUCGCCUCCACGGCUUCGUUCCUCCUCCAGGACGUGGAAUCCAAAGUUCUGGAAAUUGCCCUACGAGCCCCAGGGCAAAAAGUACAAAAAGCCGGAAAUACUGCCGUGGGUAAGAUCGUGAUUGGACAGCACUGGGAGUGCGGACUGGCCCCCAGCUGGGGGCCAAGUGAGCCGGUCAGCGCCAAUAAGCAGAUCUGCUCUGCUGUGACCCGAGUGGUCACGGACAACUGUUCUGGAGAAAGUGAGGUGUUCACCUUAAACUCCCAGAUGAACUCCAUGGACGUCUACUGCAUUGACAUCACGGAGGGAGGCAAGAACGGUCCUGCCGCCAUUGCGUUCAUCUCCUAUUUGACUCUGGGCAACAUCCUAAACGAAUCUUUUUAUGAAGAGCUGCCUGUGCCUCAGCCGGCUUCCCUGGAUUCCCAGGAUUCUCAGGAAGAGAUGCACGAGGAAGAGCCAAUGUACCUGAACUCCCAGAUAGUGAGUGCCGCCGUUGGACCCAAACGGAGCCCAUUUCUCCUCCAGCCCGUGACGCUGACUUUGCAUCACGUGAAGAGGAAUCCCAAUAGCAAAAAGGUCUUCUGUGUCUUCUGGGAGAUGAGCUGGCUGGGCGGCCACUGGUCCAGGGAUGGCUGCUUCUUGGUGGACGUGAACCAGAGUCACACCACAUGCAGGUGCACUCACCUGUCCAGUUUUGCAGUUCUCAUGGCCCUCACCAGCCAGGAGGACGACCGUGUGCUGAACGCCAUCACCUGCGCGGGGCUCAGCCUCUCCCUGCUGUGCCUCCUCCUGGCGGGCCUCACCUUCCUCCUGUGCAGGCCCAUCCGGGGCACCAGCACCUCGCUGCACCUGCAGCUCUGCCUCUGCCUCUUCCUGGCCCACCUCCUCUUCCUCACGGCCAUCGACCGGACAGAACCCAAGGAGCUGUGCGCCACGAUCGCAGGUGCCCUGCACUUCCUCUACCUGGCGGCCUUCUUCUGGAUGCUGCUGGAGGGGCUGCAGCUCCUCCUCACCGCCCGCAGCCUCACCCAGCUCAGCAGCGCCCGCAGGAGCAAGCUCAUGCGCAGGCUCAUGUUCCCGGUGGGCUACGGGGGGCCCGCGGCCAUCGUGGCCGUGUCCGCGGCGUCCAGGCCUCACCUGUACGGAAGCCCCACGCGCUGCUGGCUCCAGCUACACCAAGGGUUCAUCUGGGCGUUCCUCGGCCCCGUCUGCGGCAUCAUCUGCGUAAAUGUUGUGCUGUUUGUCGUGGUCCUUUCGAUCUUGAGAAGGAAGCUUUCCUCCCUCAACAGUGAGGUGUCAACCAUCCAGGACACAAGGAUGCUGACGGUCAAGGCCAUGGCCCAGCUCUUCAUCCUGGGCUGCACGUGGUGCCUGGGCGUCCUGCAGGUGGGGCCGGCCGCGCGCGUCAUGGCCUACCUGUUCACCGUGGUCAACGCCCUGCAGGGAGUCUCCGUCUUCCUGGUGUACUGCCUCCUCAGCCGGCAGGUCCGGACCCAAUACCGAAAGUGGUUUCAAGACAUCAGGAAGUCGAAAUCCGAAUCUGAGACAUACACUCUUUCCAGCAAGUUUGCUCCUGACUCCAGACUCAGUGAGUACGAGAAAGGGUGCUGA